AUGGCAUCCAAGGCAUUUGCAAUCAUCGCCGGCGUCGGCCCCGGCACUGGCGCAUCCAUUGCCAGACGUUUCGCCCAAACCUACUCCGUCGUGCUCCUAUCCCGAAACCCCGACAGCUUUGAGCCCCUUGUGAAGGAUAUUAACUCCAGCGGUGGCCACGCUGUUGGCAUUAGCACCGACGUCUCCGAUGCGAAUAGCGUCCGCGCUGCUUUUGACCAGAUCGCAAAGCAGUUCCCCAGCUCUGUUUUGGCUGCAACAAUCUUCAAUCCCAGUGGUGGUUUUGUGAGGAAGCCUUUCCUCGAACUCACGGAGGACGAUUACUCUUCAUCUCUCAAAUUGCAAGCCAAUGGAGGCUUCAACAUCGCCAAGCAUUCCCUUCCCCUCCUUCUCCAAGCCAGAGGCGCUACUCCUCACCCACCCACUCUGAUAUUCACCGGCGCGACUGCCAGUCUCAAGGGAUCGGCCAAUUUCGCAUCACUUGCCUCGGGCAAGUUUGCACUGCGUGCUCUGGCGCAGUCACUCGCUCGUGAAUUCGGGCCCCAGGGUAUCCAUGUGUCUCAUGCCAUUAUCGACGGUGUUAUCGACAUCCCACGUACCAAGGCCUGGACCUUCGAGCACGAAGAUGCGAAGUUGAACCCCGAUGCGAUUGCGGAUUCGUACUGGCAUCUCCAUACUCAGCCGCGGACCACUUUUGCUUUUGAGAUGGACUUGAGACCUUAUAUCGAGAAGUGGUAA